CGAACGCGUUUUAUUAUAUUAACGUAAAAGCAGAAGCAUAAUAUAAUGUGUAGUAGUGAAAAGAACAAGAACGUUAGUUUUAAGCUGUUUGCUGCAAGCAGGCUAUAAAUUUAAAAUGGCGUUGUCAACAAUGAGCAGGAAGAUUUUGUUAUAGUAUUCAUAAACUAUUAAAACUAGUUAUAACUAAAUAACACAUAGUUAUCUAUUUAAUUGAAAAAAAUGAACGGUCUAAGUUUGAGUGAAUUGUGCUGCUUAUUUUGUUGUCCACCUUGUCCAAGCAAAAUAUCUGCUAAACUAGCCUUCUUACCUCCUGAACCAACAUAUGAAUUUGUUUCUGAUGAAAAUGGAAAGUAUAGUUUUGCACUAACUGAGCGGGCAGAAUGGCAAUUUUCAGAAAGAGAAAAAGAAAAUAUAGAAGUAUUUUUCACUAGAACAAUCAGAGGAAAUCGAAUUGCUUGUUUAUUUGUUAGAUGCACUAGUAAUGCUAGGUUUACAAUUUUAUUUUCCCAUGGAAAUGCAGUAGAUUUGGGACAGAUGAGCAGUUUUUAUUUGAGUUUGGGCUCUCGUAUUAAUUGUAAUAUAUUUAGUUAUGACUACUCGGGUUAUGGUGUAAGUGCAGGGAAACCUUCUGAAAAAAAUUUAUAUGCAGAUAUUGAUGCUGCAUGGCAAGCACUAAGGACUAGAUAUGGUAUUAGCCCUGAAAAUAUUAUCCUUUAUGGCCAAAGUAUUGGCACAGUACCUACAGUUGAUUUAGCUGCAAGAUAUGAAGUUGGAGCUGUGAUAUUGCAUUCUCCUCUCAUGUCCGGAAUGAGAGUCGCCUUUCCGAAUACAAAAAGAACUUGGUUUUUUGAUGCCUUUCCCAGUAUUGAUAAAGUACCCAAGGUAAUGUCACCUACGUUAAUUAUUCAUGGGACUGAAGAUGAGGUUAUAGACUUUUCUCAUGGGCUUACCAUUUUUGAAAAAUGCCCUAAAGCCGUAGAGCCAUUAUGGGUAGAAGGUGCUGGCCAUAACGACGUGGAAAUGUAUUCAGUAUACUUAGACAGGCUUAGGCAAUUUGUGAUGGUUGAAUUAGAUGAUAACUGACAGUUGCUAGCAGGAGAAGAUGUGACUUUUAGUUCAGGUACAUCUAGUUCGGUAGGUGAAAAACUACUUUAGCCAGUCGAUGCAGGAUCGGCAAGUACCGCCAAUUCACCAGAGCCGAUUUCCUGCAAAACAAUCAACUUUCCAUUAGUAUCUCCUAAAAAAUGCUGCAGUCCGUCAGUGUCGCAGCGCCUGACUGCAUGUCAUUGUAUAUUACUUGAGACAACUUGCUAGCCCAUAAUCUGCAUUUUUUACUGUAAAUGUGUAUAUAUAUAUAUAUAUAUAUAUAUAUAUAUAUAUAUAUAUACAUUGUUAACUGUGGACUUUUUAACUACUGUGAAUAUUUGAGGACAAUCUGUCAAGUGAUGCAAUAUUAGAAAAAUCUGUAUUACAUGAAAACUUAAGUUUUCUUGUCUGUUCAUAUCGUUGUAUUGUAAGUUAUUUAUUUUUUAAAUUCUAGGAACCACAACUUCAUAAAAUACAGAAACCCAUUCUUCAUUCAUAUACUAAUAACUUACAUUUUCAAUUGAUUUCUAUAUUCAUUAAUAUAUUUAAUGCAGAGUUUUGUAUUCAACAAUAUAAUAAAUAUAUUUUCUUCAAUUAUGAAAAUUUCCUGGGAAAUAUCAUGCUCUUGAAUAGUUUUAAUUGACACUUCUGGUACUUCUAGCCGCUAUUAAGCUGGUAUAUAAUUCAAAGUAAUUCUUCGUUUAUGGAAAAGAUUUACUAACUUUUUGAGAGAAAAACCAAUCUAUAUCUUGCUUUCCAUGUGAAUAUUUUCAUAAGCUUCAUAUUAUAUAUAUACAUCUUUUGGAAAUGGAAAAUUUUCAGUUUAUCGAUGCAAAUUGAAUUGAAGUUUAUAAUAAAAAUGUCCAACAUAAACAUCAAAUUUACUGACCUUAAAACCUACCAUUUAUAAAUAUUGAUUUCUAAAUUCAGAAAGUCUAUGUGCAAAAACUUCCAUUUUGAACGCCUGAAUAUUUUCAAUUUUAUAAUUGAUUCAUUUAUGAUUAAUUAUACAUUGAAUCAAUCUAAGACAAAAAUUAUUCUAAUUGCACUUACAUUUUAUAGACAUGAUUGAGAGCUCAGAAUAUACCCAAUAAACUUGGUCAAGCACUUCAAUAGUUAUUUUUCUGAAAAUACAAUGUUUUGAUUCUGAAUUACAUAAAAUGGGUAAAGACAGACAGUGUCGAAAAUGUCUCUUGAAAAUUUUUGCUAACCUAAUUUGACAUUUGUAUACUAUGACACUGUUUGUGGUAUUCGUAUUUUUGCAGUAUUGGAACUUGGGUUAAUUUUUUAUUAAAUUUAUUAUUUUGUUCACUGAUAUAAUGGAUAUUAAGUAUUGAGGUAAUCCUCAUAUGUCAAAUGAAUAAUACAUUGAAGUAGCACGAUAAAACUAGAAUCUGUAAUGCUACAGUUCCAUUUGAUAUUGAGAUUUUGUUAGGUUUAAGACCAGACUCAGUAUAGUAAACAGUAUGGUGCAAAUGAAAGGAAAAAAUAAGUUAUUUCGAAAACAACGAUUUUGAGGAAAAAUCCUCAUACCCGUCGAGUUUUAUUUUUAUACGGGCCAUAUGUGAGGACAAUUUUUUAUUUUUGACGUUAACUAUGUUAGCGUGAUGACGUCAUCGCUAAAAUUUUUAAAUAGAAAUAUUGGGUGUUAUUUGAAAGGUCUUCUAACUAUUCAGCCAUAUCAAUAUGUCUGAGUAAUUAAUAAACUUCAAUUAUUCAGACAUAUUGAUAUCGCGUAAUUUUUCUUAAAGUUGCCAGUUUACGAACUAACAAAUUUAUUCCUUCCAUUUACACCAUACUAUGUAUAAAGGCAUCUAAACUAAACUUAUGUAAAUUACCUGUAAAAUUGUAACUAAAUUUCCCAACAAAAUUAACGCAUAAUUCCGCUUAUAAAAUACUGUAAUUAAUUUAGCAAAAAACUUCACAAACUUAAAAUUUGGUCUUCUUUAGUAUUUUUCGGAAACUAUGAUUGGGUUAACCCAAUCAUGAUCUGGCCCGGAUCAUGUUCAUUGUUGUUUGGAAACUGAUAGAGUGAAUCGGGUCGUUGUCAUAUUUAUCAUCCUUCCUACCCUGGUAGAUCGGUGGGUAGUUGCGAUCAGUUAACGGGUUGUUUCAGUUGUCUAUGGUUUUUAGGCCAAGGCCGGUUUUUUCGAAAAAUUCUAGUGAACGGAUUUUUUUUUUUUAAAUAUGUUCAGAGUUGUCCCCUGAAUGUAAAUCCAAAAGAGUGUCAUUCAAUAUAUCAUGAAUCGAUAACUAUAUAUUUAGCAAAGUGAAAAGUUUGGAGCGCUAUACUUAAAAACCUAUGCAUUAUACAAAAAAAGUUUUUAAAAAAAGGCGGCAAAAAUUAUUAUCUGUGAUUAUCUCCACUAUUUUCGUCGUACGAUGCGAGGUUCGCGAAAUAUUCGAUAAAACAUGUUUUUCAACAUGGCUCUAUAACUUUGUAUUAUGAACCUACUUUUUUUGUUCUGGUGCUUGGCCUAUUACUUGACUUCAAAAUUUACUUAUUCCUUUUAAAAUGCUGUCUUUUAGAAUUUUCUCUAGAGAUUGCACACAUGUGCCAUUUGUACUUACAAGAAAUAUUUUCCAAUCGAAGCAGAAGCUGCAGCACCCUCUUUGUGAUAGGUAAUAAUUUUAAUUGAUAAGAAUUGAAAAAUAGCUUUUAUCAGUUAGAAAUAUUAAGUAGCAAAUUAAGCCAGUGAAAUAAACUUAGGGUUUUCAUUAGUUUUAACCAAAUAACAAAUUAUGCGUUAAUAAUGCUGGGGAAUGUAUAUUGUUGCAUUCUUUGUAAUUUUAGUAGUUCAACAUUAUUUUUUAUUUGGAAGAAAAUUCAUUCUCGUGAUUAAUUUUCUCAUUUAAUUGAAUACCUUUUUAUAACUUUUUACAAAUAAAAAUCUUUUUUACAGUCAACUUGAUAAAAUUUGACAUGUUUGGAUUAUGGAAAUUAAUAUUAUUAAUUAAAUUUAGCUUAUUUUUGGAACAAUACAUGCUAAAUGCAUGAAGUUCUGGUUCGAAAAAGUGAUUCUUUUGUUAGUGAAGUAGUAUUAUGAAUUAUUUUCAUUUUGCGUUAAUCUAUAUUUGCUAAACUUUUUUUUAUACUUAAUGGGGUAUUCUGAUCUAGAAGCCUAAAUUUUAGGCAUUUUAGAAACUAAUGUAAACAUGUAAAUGUGAACAUUUUGAACAUUUAUUGACUUUUUAAGAAUACAAAAAAAUAUAGAAAAGAAAUCAGAAUUUCAAUAAAUUAGAGGCCGGCAAAGUGGUGGCUCCAAAAAAACGGUGCACCCUUAUUGAUAUGAUUCCAGCUUUUGUACUGAUCUAGAUCAACAAAAUUUUGAAAAUUCUUAAUCUGUAAAGAUGUCCCUUGACCUUACCCAAAAAAAAAUUUUUCGACCUUUUCGAAUUUUCUAAAAAUAAACCAUAUUGAAUUUUUUUAAAAUCCAAAGCAGACGCGAUAGAGAGGUAUAUAAAAAAGAUUCCCACCAAAUUUUAAAGGAAUUGGUUGGGUAGAACUUGAGAUAUCAUGUCAACCACUCCAAAAAAAGUAGUUUCGAGAAAAAUGCGCUUGAGGUUUGAGAAACAAUUCCAGUAGAAUAAAUCGUUCCAGGCCGACUUGGACGCUAUGUCACAAAAACUACUGUAUCUCCGGAAAUAAGGCGUUCAAAACUAUGCAAAAAAAUCGAUUUUUCCAAACUUCUAGACCAGAAUACCCCCUUAAUCAUUGAUCAAUACUAAUUUUAGAACUUUUUCUUUACUAACGUAUUCCUAGUUUACAUACUGCCUCUAAUAUAAAUUUAUUUAAUAUUAAAAGCUGGAAUACCGUUACUAGUAUUUCAUCUUAACCUCCGUUAGUCUGGUGUUGGAAGUCUGUGUGUGAUAUAAUAACUGAAUUGAUUCUGGUGCCAUUUUAAGACAAUAUCUACACAAUAUAUUCAAUUAAAAUUGUGAAUCCGAGCUAGUAAAUAUUUUUUGAAAUAAAUAUUGCCACUUUAACAAUACCUAUACUUACCAAGUAUUUCUAUAAUUCAUUAAAUUGCGUAACUUGAUUCUAAGUCACUUAGUUUGAAACUUCUGAAUGGAAUAAACAAGUAAUAUAAAUAAUUAAGGUUACACAAUCGAACUUUACAAAACCACACAUCAACAUUGUCAAUUAUAAUCACUGGCUAUUUGAAACGAGUAUGAAGGGGCCUAUAGAAAUCCCAAAGAACCAGAUAUAAUUGUGAGUGGUAGUGAAACAUUGAGUUCAGAAUUAAUAUCACCAAUGGCUCUAGAAAUUCCGACUCAGUUAUAUAUUAUUUUGUCAAACUAUUCAUUACCUAAAUAAUUAUUCAAGUAGAUAGAUAAUUUUUGUUAAAGUAAUUGUUGGAGAGAGAGUAGAACUUCUACAAAUCUAAAAUCCUUCUUACCACACUAACAAGGGGUUAAAUGUACUUAAUUUUGGAAACUAAUGGUUUUUCAAGAAAUUUGGAUAUUAUAAAUAGUAUACUUGAGUUCCAUGUGAUAAGUUAUCUUAAUUCUAUCAAAUAUCCUUUGACCUGUAUAUGAUACGUUCAGAAUUCUAUCAAAUCCAAAUUUGCAAUAAUAUAUAGACUCUUCCAUUUAAAACUAAACUUAAUAAAAAAAAGUGUUUAUAAUAUUGUUGGUUUCUUCUUCGGAAUACUACGUUCAUUGAAACAAGAACAAGAAUCAUGUGAUUUUUUGUUUUGUAUUAAUAUUUUUUAAGUGUAUAACUUGGAAAUUAUAAUCAAAAGAUAUUUAAAUAAAUCCAUGCUAGUUUUAACUUCCUGUGCAAUUAAUAUCAUUUUUGUUUUUAAUACAGAAAUUUGACUUUUCUAUGAGCCUACUUUAGUAGUUAAAAAAUUAAUUUAAUAUGAUUUAUUGGGAAAUGAAUUUAUAGUAGAUGUGUUGAGGUGGUACACAAUAUUUAAUGAGGAGGUUUAUCAAUUUUGUGCAUUUUUUAAAUCAAACAUGAAAACUUGUUUAAUUCUAUUGCAGUAUCCAUUAACAUAUGAAAUGAAGAUUUCGUUCUCCUUCAAAAUCCAAUCUUGAAAUUAUUAAGCAGGAUUCAAAACGAAACCACAUAUAGAGUAUUGGAAAAUAUUUACCUGAACAUAGAAAUUUCAAUGUAAACACUAACCAACUUACUACCAUUUUACUAGUAUAGUCACUAUAAAUUAUAAAACCUAACUUCUACACUAGAUUUCCACUCCACUCGUUAGAGUAGGAUUAUGAGAAACGAAAUUAAUCAAAACAAGAGCGGGAUGUGCACGUAUAAUCCAUAAGAAUGAGAAACCUAAUAUUAGUGGAAUUCUCUUAAGGUCAAAUAAAUAAACAAUUUGUUGAUAUGAGUAACCCCCAAAAUACCAUUUCAAUAUCCAUAUUUUCACUUCAUUUUCAUUAUUUACUUCAACUGCUUAUGGGCAAAAAUAUCAAAAUCAUAACUAAAUCCUGAAACUCUACUAAGAACUUGACUCAUAUAAUCCCAUAUAAUCUGAGGCUUCGCUGGGUUGUAUUGUUUCAAGUCAUGAUGAAUUUUUGUAGUGAUUAUCUGUUCAUGAACUGCUAUAUAUUCCUCUUUAGGUACUAGUAAAAGUUGCUGCCUAAUGCCAUCUAAAAGUGAGCGCACUUUAAACAGCUUAUGACAUGGACUGCUGAACGAGAUAUAAUUAUUGUUGUCAUUGGAGUUUAUUUUUUUGUUAUUUCAAAUCUAUUGCAUCUCAUAGUUUCAUUAAUUUGUGGCUGUCCUAAAAUCUUGUUCCAGUAAUAUCGUGAGGUAGGUAAUUCCACUAUAGUCGUGAAUAUUACCAUGCAUAUAUUCCUCCAUAUCUUGUUUGGUUAUGUUAGCCCGUUUGUUUAUGUUAUCUUGUGUGGGUUUUGAAUUACGUUGAUUUAUUAUAGUUUGUAUAAUAAAUAAAAACAAGAAAAAAUUCGCUGGUGUUUUUCAAUAAACUCAAUAAACAAAGGCUUUGAUUUUUUUUAUUCCCAUUUUAUUGCAAUCAUCUAUUUCGGGCAUAACAAGAGGUCGUCUAUGACGUUGAAAUUGUCUCCUCUUUCCAUUAUCCUCCAUAGGAUGAAAUGACACCAUUUACAUAUAUUUGAAUCAGCAGUCGUUUUCAUGCUUGCCUUUUCUGUGCAAUCUUUUCGGCAUAAUGCAGUCUCAUAUAUAUUAAUGGUUUUGCUUGGUCUACCCAUCUAGUUGGAGAUCUGCCUCUUGAGCGUUUGCCUUUUUCUUUCUCUUCUAUGAAUAAUCGUUCCAUUGUUCCUGAUCUUCUAGCUAUAUGUCCCAGGUAAUGCAGAUACAUGUGGUUUAUUCUGGUUCGGUGUUCUGUCCAUGAACUAUUUCAUCUUGCUUCUGAGACCCAUAAAAUGAACAGGAUCCAUUCUGCAAGCAAAGAAAAAAGAUCUCAUGCCAUUCGGUAAAAAAUUAAUAGCGCAUACGAAACCAUAUAUGGUACCGCUAAAAAAAUUAUCAAGUUAGGUUAGAAAGCAUACGAAACCGUAUAUGGUUUCAUCAAAAAGCUCCCCAAUAUGAUAGAAAUAUCCAAGAAAGUAAACAUUAAAUAAUAGAUAUAUUAGUUAGUACAAUAACAGCACCUUUCUUAUUUAGAAAAUUGUGUUCACGGACACUGAGUUGAACUUCACACAAGCGCUUAGAAAAGUGAGGUUAUAACCAAAAUGACGUUAGACCAUAGAUAACAAAAAAUAUUUUUGUAUUGCCAACAUAACAAUUAAUUUCCACCAUGCAUAGUAAUUGCUUGUGCAAUAUAACGUGAAAAAAAAUAUAUUAAAACUGGUGAACCAUAUAUGGGUUUAUAGUAGAGCAGUAGAGGGUUAGAGAUUUAUAUAACAAUCUAAGAUUGAUUAUGAGAUCGAUAAGAAAUCUUGAAUCUGCAUAGCAAUGCAUAAAAUUGAAUUGUAGCCACUUAGAGAAACUGUUAUAGUUAUUUAGAAGUAAUAUAUUUUGGUUUCUAGUUUCAGUUUUUUUUUAAAAAGAACACAAAUUCAACAUCACACUAAAGGCCUUUCGUGUUUCCACAAAUAUUAGGUUUAAUCAAAUUCAAAUGUAUUUUAAGAUUUGGUUGUCUUUAAUCAUACAUAUCAAUUUUACUCUUCACAGGAGAAAAAUUAUUGUGAAUCUUACAAAUGUUUCUAGUGAUUAUUAUUUAUUAUAACCAACAAAAUUAAUAAAUCACUUUUUAUUUUGGUUAUAUAGAAUGAUUAAGCAUUACCAUUUUAUGAUGUAUAACUAUACACACUGAUAAGUUGGCGAGAGAUUAGCAAAUAGUUUGCAGUAUUAAUCAGAAUGUUAUCCUUGAAAAUAUUGUAUAUAAAUAAUGAAGAAAAUUGAAAUCUAAUUCUGCAAUUGUCCAAAAUAUUUUAAUAAAUUCGUUUCGCAUUUAAUAGCGCCAUCUAUCAAAACCCUUUGGGAUUGAACUAUUGCAUUAGCCGAUUUUUACUAGGAAGACUUCUGUGAUCAUAUCUGAAAGACUUAUGCGGACUAAUGAUUUUUAAUGAAUAUACUAAUUCAAUAAAAUAAUUCAUCAGUAUUUAUAUAUUGAAAAUACCAUUUUCGACAAUAGAACUAUUUUUAGUUGAAUUGAAUGGUAUUACAAGAAAUAACAAUACUGCACAAUUACCAUUUGAUAUUCGCGAAAAUUAAGAAGUGGGCGACAUCUGUUAAUUUCUUUUAAACAUCAAUAGAGGUGAUCAGAAAAGCCAGAAUACGACUAAUUUUUUAUUUGAUAAUCAAUAAAAAGUGUUAUUUAAAAUUUUAGUCUAAAUAGUAAAAUAAUAUACCUUUUUAUAGUACUUUUCUGAGAUUAAAACAACCACACAUCCAUAAGGUUCACAAAACAAUAAAAACAAGGUAAAAGCUGUAGUUUUACAUAUUUUAUAGUUGUUAAAAUCCUAUUCUAGUGGCCAGUAAAACUCUUGUGCACCUUUUUGAUAAUUGAUAGAACAAUUAAAUUUCCAAUUUUUAAAUACUUCAUUCAGAUUAAUUGUUAUCUCAUGAGGCUGAGAAGUUAUACUUGACGCCUGUAAACACAAAUUUAAUGGUUUUUUAUUUUGUUUUUUCUAGCACACAUGAUAUAGGUCCUGCUUUGGAAAACGCUUCACCUUAAGUUGUCUGCUUAUUAUUUCCAAUUUAUUAUAUGGUGUUGAAAAAGGUUACUUCAAAUUUCAUCAUUUUCAGAUUGAUUCUUUAACACAACUUUUUGUUCUAACCACGCAAACAUAUAAGAAAAAAUGAAGAAAAUGCUACCACAAUCACUAAAAACACAUAAAAUAUAUAUAGCAUCAAACACCCUUACAGAUGUAAUGUUGUUCACCGCUAUAGAAGACAAAUUCAGCGCCAUCUACUGACACGAGAUAUUCGCCAACAAUUAUUAAAAAUUCUGUUAUAAUGACUUGUGUAGGGGUAUAUAUGAUAACCUUUGCAAUACUUAUUUUAAUUACACUGACUAGAUGGUAAAACUACAUAUAACUAAUCAUUUUUUUAAUGUGAUUAUGUUUACAUCCCAUUGACCCAAAUUUGUAAGAAAUGUACUGAAUUUUUUUCAAAUGUUUAUUGCACAGUUAUAAAUUAUUGAUAAGUUUAAUAAAUCACAACGUUGACUAACUAUUUCAUUAUAUUGAUUUUAUUGUGUCAAAUUCGAAACAUUUUGUUUUGAGGAUUAAAUUUCCAUUAUUGAUGUCUCUUGGUGAUUAGCGACGUAUAUGAUGAAAAUAUAUUUUGGUAACAUACUUGAUAAUAACAAAUACAAUGUUUUUGACAUUUGGUCUUGUAGUGACAUGUAUAAGCACACUGGUGUCAAUUUUAAGGAAAUUAUUUAGUAUAUUCAAUGUGUUUGAAAAAAUGUAAACUAUAGAAUAAUUGAGUUUGUUUCAGAAUUCUUUUUCCUAAUUGUUAAACCUAUGUAAACAUUUCAUUUGAGACACAUUUAUUUAUUAUUUUCAAGUGCAUUAAUUUGCCUUUGAAACUAUCAUACCUUAAAAAAGUUGAACUAUAUACGAGGCAAAGUAAGUACCGUUUUGGAAUUAAAAAAAGAAGUGCAAAGAUAUCGCAAUAAUUUUAUUUUUUCAUAAAAGCCUGUACCUUAAUCUACUUUUCUACAUAAUUUUCGUGAAUAUUGAAGCACUGUGUCAAAACUGUUUUGACUUCGUUAUCGUCUUGAAGACGCUGACCGCCCAGGUGUUUUUUCAAGUGCAGGACCAAAUGGUAGUCGCUGGGCGCCAGAUCAGGGUUCUAGGGAGGAUGAUCUAGAGUUUCACAUUGAAAAGAUUUGAUGAGAUCUUUGGUACAAUUAGCCACAUGUGGACGGGUAUUGUCAUGCAGCAAAAGAUACCCUUAUUCAACUUGCCACGUCUUUUGUUCUGGAUUGCACGACGCAGAUUGUUCAAUGUCUCACAAUAAGACGCUGCAUUAAUUGUCUUAUUACGAGGCCGAAACUCCACUAGCAAUACUCCUUUUUUGUCCCAAAAAACUGUGCAUAUGAUUUUCCGGGCAGAAAUUGUUUGCUUAAACUUCACUUUUUUGGGUGAUGAUGAAUGUCGCCAUUCCAUGGAUUGUUGUUUCUGGUGUGACGUAGGCCACCCAUGUUUCGUCACCAGUAACAAUUUGGUCUAAAAAAUCUCCACCUUCAUUAUGGUACCGCUCAAGGAAAGUCAAUGCACUGCCUAAACGUUGGGUUUUGUGCAAAUCCGUCAACAUUUUUGGAAGCCAACGUGAACACAAUUUCCGGUAUUUCAAGUUCUCGGUCACAAUGCGAUACAAAACACUGUUUUAUCUCACCUUUUCGUCCACUUUCUGCACCAAAUCUUCAUUAACGACCGAAGGACGCCCACUCCGUUCUUCAUCAUGCACAUUUGUGCGACCAUAUUUAAAUGCUCUCGCCUAUUUCCUUACCAUUCCAUCACUCAUAAUAUUUUGUCCGUAAACUUCACGGAUCUCACGAUGAAUAUCGAUCGAUUUUACGCCUUUAGCACUAAGAAAUCGUAUAACAGCCAGUACUUCACAAUCGGCGGGACUCACGAUUGUCGGAGGCAUCUUAAACACUCAGUAAACAACGUACACAAUGAAGAAUCAGACUGUAAUGGCGUCAGUGCGUAGACAAGAGAUGUAGGUAACCAGCGCGCAUGUACGGAACGACGACCUUGGGGUUGCGGCGGCGGAAUCGCAAAACGGUACUUACUUAAAAAAUAUGCCUCGUAUUGUUUUAACUGCUAUCAUAUAUAUUCAUCGGUUUUCUGACAAGUAGAAGCUUCUUUAUAAGAUUGUCAAAAAAUUCUUUGUUUAUGGCCCAGUGUAAACUUCUUUUUAUAUCAAUUGUCAAUAUAUUUGUUAUAUUUUUUAGAAGUUACGUAUUCAGUAAUUCAGUACAAUGGGCUUAAAUGAACUAAGUACUGGUUCAAUUCUUGAUCAUUUUAGCAACUGUUGGAACUGUUAAUGUAUUUUUUAAACAAUUCACGCUAAUUAGUCAAUUCCAUUCCAUUUAAAAUAGUGCUUAUCGAGAGGGUCGUUUCAGAACAGAUGGAAAACCGUUAAGUUCGUGUAAUGAGUCUUGCGUUUCCAGUUGGAGUACGGCUUAUAUGGAAAGGUUUCAACAAGAAAAUUUUCAAAUGAAAAAAUUGUUAAUGUUUUUAUUGAUUUCUAUUUCUAGCUGUUUUAAGGAAGUUUAUUAAUUUAUUAAUUAGUUAGUUAUUUAAGUUUCUGUACAAUUUAUAUAGAUUCACGACCAAGUAUUGAAACUCUGCUGUAAUAAAGCUUAUUAUUCAAGUUUUAUAUAAUUUAAGUAUGACAAAGUAUGUUUGCAACUUUGAAUUUGUCACAUAUGGAUAUAAAAACAAUUUAGACCAUAUUUGUGAGAAAUUAAUAUUUCUUGCAUAAAUCUUAUUGAAUAGAUUAAGAUUUUCCGUUGAAACUACUCAAAAAGUAUUAAUUAUAUUUUACAUUAUAUAUAGUUAUGAUAAAGUAUCCAAAUUUCAUCUAUUUUAUUGAAAAUAGUUUUAUCUUUAAUCCAAUCAUUAGUAGUUAAGUAUUUAUCUUUUCGGUGCAAUUUUCUGAAUGUGUAUAAUAUUUUUUUACAGAAGCUUAAGUUUUCAUGUAACUUAAAACAGGAUAAGUAUAACACAUAUUCGUAUAUUUAUAAUAAGUGUGAAUUUUGUAUUAAUGUAUUUUGUUGGAUCAAAUUGCAAUCUAUCACGUUUAUACCAUCAUAAAUGAAAAUAUUGUGUAUCAACUGACUUUCCUUAACAUCUUUAUAUUAAAAAAUACAUAUGAACUUAAAGUAAAUCAUUAUUAGUAGAAACAUAUUUGAGAAAUGGGGCAUCUCCGGUGAUGCUACAAUUAUGAAAUAUGAUUAUAUUGCUACUUUUCUAUGAAGAUGAAACAGUUGUAUUGGUUUUAUACCUUGAAAAAAUCUUCAUUAAUCUAUUCAAUUUUCUGUAAUAAUGAAAAAUUUUAGUCAAAACUGUCAAUAUCAUCUAAAAGUCUAAAAUAUCCUGUAUGAUAAGGGUGUAUGGGAUGUGGACACGUGCGAUUUUUUAUUCGUAUGCACUCGUACGAUUCGUUGUCGGACAGGGGGGGCAUGAUUACAUAAACUCAAAUUAUUUUUUCUAGAAAAUUCCUCCUUGAAAUAUAUUUAUUUCAAACAAAUAUGUAUUGAAAUAAUACCAUAUAUUUGAAGAUUAAUCAAAAACAUGUAUUCCUUUUUAAAAUUAUAAAAAAACAACAAAUAUUUUUUAUUGUUUUCGACAUUUGAAUGUUCACUUACUAACAUUGAGCAGAAAUUAAUAUACCUUAAUACUUCAGUAAGUACUGAAGCUUUCAUUUAAGUUUUUCACAUAAAUAUGAAUAUUAAACUUUGAAAUUAUGAAGCAGCAUUAAAGAUGUUUGGUAAUAAGCCCGCAUGUCUUAUGAUACCUAAGGUAGGGGUACUUUAUUCUGAUUGCUAGUAUUCUGAAUUGAACAGUGUAUUUAGCUUUGGAUAUUUCACUGUAGGUCAGAGAUGUUUCAUAUGGUCUGAAUAGUUUUUUCUUCUCAUAAUAACCAGACUGCUCAAUAUCUAACCCCAUCCGCAUAAUAUCUACAAGUGAUAGAGCUGAUAAUAUUAAAAUCUUUUAAUUCAUAUUUAUUUUUGUUCCUGUGCUCAAUUCUUACCUUUCUAGUAGCAAAAUACUCACUUUCUCCUUUUUUUUUUCUGUUUGUUUAUUUAUUUGAAAAGCCUAGUAGAUUAAUAUAGCCGAAAACGGUAGUUCAAAGUAAAUUGCCUGCCAUUGGCUACUUGGCAAUGAUGCAUCAUUUGGAAACUAAUUUAAUGGUAGAAGGAUCACUCAAAAACAAGAAAUUUUAAACUACCGACUGUAAAGGAGAAUUGUCGAAUAUGCUUUCGGAACGAGAAAUUACAAAUGGAAAAUUUGAUAAAUCAAAUAGCGUCAUCUAAACAAAUGUUCUAUAAUAAUUACAUGGGUUUACCCCCUUCAUAAUUCUUCCAUUGAUAAGAAAAACCUUUUUGAACAUAACUUCAAUAUCAAUUCUGAAAAACAAGUUUCUCCUUAAGCUAAAAAUCUUGGAAUAACUUUAAGAGCUACUUAUAGAAUAUGAUUUAAAGAUAUUUUUUAAGAGAAAAAUAUAAAUAUUUAACUUAUUGCUCUCUAUAUUUGUCUUACCACUUCCAUAAAUUUUACACAAUUUUCCUUUAUGGUAAUCCUUUAAUUAUUGACCUUUAAAUCGGCAUAAAAACAUGAAAUUACUUCUCUAGUUAACUCAUAAACAAAAAUUGACCUCUAGAUCGUACAACAACUGACUAAAAAAUCGAACACAUCAUCAUGCAGUGUAACCUUACGCUUAGAAAAUUGAUAUAUUUUAGUAUGAAGUGAAUUAAGACUGACAGUAAUUUGAUAUCUUGAAACUUGGUGCUUCAACACGAGUCGUUUGGACAACAAAAACUUAAGUACACCUUCAAAGUUUACCCAACUUUGUACUGUGCUAAAAAACCACAUGAUAUGGUAAAUAUUUGUUUUUUUUAAUAAAUCAAAAUCCGUUUUAUGAACAUGUUUAUGGGUUAAUAUUUAAAAUUUUGUUAACAAAGUUAACAUGUCAUUUAUAUUUAACUCUUAUUUCUCUGCCCCGAUACUGCUUCUUGAUCGUAUUAUUAUGUUUUUUUUAAUAAAAAUUCUAUUUUCUUUAGUUCUGAUAUAAUAUUUAAAUAAAACGUUUAACAAAGUUUAUUUAUAUAUCCACAUCUUCACUGCCAAAAAGUAGAAUUAAGAUUAAUAACCAAUACUAAUUUCAAAAUUUUCCAAUUUUUAAUUCUUAUAUUUCAUAAAAAAAUGUCUGUGUUCAUUCUAAAGUAUGUGAAAAAUGUGAAUAGUCGUUACAGUGAUCAAGUUUUCCAAAAUCCCGAAAUGCCUAUUCAACAAUAUUCUACAUCUACCGCAUUAUUAUAUACUGGAUAUAGACAUAGUGUAUCAUCUAUCAUUAAAUAUAUAUAGGAAGUAAACGUGAAAAUAUAUAAACAUAGGAAGUACGAGGAGUAUGGCAUAUCUGAGUAGUUUUACUUUUAUUUAUAAAAACUUGCUCAACAAAAACUUAUUUAUUUUACUCAAUAAUAUAAAAUAUCACUAUGAAUCUUCCGAAUUCAUUUGAUUCCAAUUUAAAUCUACCCGUCUCUCUAUAUUAAUAACUAUUUUAUUUUUCAUUUUUAAUAUAAUUGCAAAUUGACAUGAUGCGGUUCCAACUAAAAGUUUGUAAUUAAAUUUGAAGUUAUAUAAAGUCUAUGUACUCAUUGCAAGACACUUUUUACAAGGUAACAUAAAACGUUAAACAUUUUUGUUAUAUAAUUUUUUAAUUUUUUACUAUAUAUAGAUACAGUCUUUUGAAGUUGUUUUUGUAUCUCUUAAAUCAUGUUCACAUCAAAUAUACGUAGUUUAUUAAAAAGUAGAAAUUCCAAAAAUUAUGCGUCAUGUGAAAAGAAUUUAUAUUUAGUUUCUACUUAUCAAUUUGGAUUUGGACCAACAAAUUGUAACAAAAUUAGUCACAUUCAAAAGAGCCUAAAAGAAACAAUUAUAUUAACUAUAAAACCAUUCUGUAUAGAUCAAUUGUUGAUGGCACAGACGGCUUUUGGAAAAUAAAGGUUUUAUUUAGGAAACAUGUUCGAUAGAAAUUUCUAAUUAUUGUGAAUUACAACGAAUUCUAAAAUCAAAAUAGCGUAAACCUCGCUUUAUUAUAUUUUGUCUAUUGAUAUAAGUAAAAACGAAUUAACAAAUAUGGCUGACCCUGUAACCUAACCUAUCCUAACAGGGUACUGUCUUCACCAGGUACUGAUGAGGGGACGGGUAGCAAAUUAAUAUGUGAACCCUGGUAUCCUGGAAUAUCUCCUGACGACUCGCCAAUCGAACUGGUUACUUGCUAUCUUGGUUAAAGUCAGUUUCUUCACGUCGGAUUCCAACACAUGGUCGUAGAUGCUUUGAAGCGUUUCCCACACAUCGUGUUAGGUGAAUUGAUCUUGAAAUUCAUUUUUUAUUACCAAGUAGAAGAUGUACUGUGAAUCGUGUUGUAUUCUCUGCGUCUUGCCGGGGGCUGGGAUCUGCUCUCAAGUUUCUCUAAUUAACCAAACUUCUUUCACCAAUACAUCCGAGGCAUCACAACUAUGAUGUAUUUACCAUUACUUUCUGUCGUCGGAAAAGGUCUAGCGAUAUCUAAAGCACAAGCCUUUCGAAAUGACUUCCAACAUUAUACUGCUUCAUGCGUGCCUUUCUCUUACGAUGUGGUCCAUUACUCGUAGCACAAUUCAUACAUUUCUUACGCCAGUCCUUCACAUCGUCGGAACUGUUCAUCCAAUAAAACCUUUCACGGCUUUCGUCACUUUCAGAUGACCUCCCGAUGGACUAUAGUGUAACUUCUUCGACUACUCUCGUUCUUCAAAUGACUAGCUGUAUUCUCAAAAUCAUCAUCGUUCUCAAGGAUUCUUUUUAAAAGACCCUCUUCCGGGACAAGGUAGUCCCACUGAGCCCAAUAUGCUUUUAUUGCCGGUGAAAAUCUUGACACUUCUUGCCAGGUAGAUCGCUGAUUUUCUUCCAGUGCUCCACGGACCUCAUUACUGCCAAAAGUUGUCUUCUCGUGACGCAGUAGUUCCGUUCUGGUGUAGACAGAACUUCACUAAAGUAUCCUGGCACUCUUUCUUGCCCUCCCAGUGGAAAGCUCUUGCUUCUGUGAGUCGAGUUAGUGGCUUGGCAAUAUCUUCAAAUUUUAUGAAUCUUCGAAAGUACGUGAAAAAAGGAAACUUCUAACUUAAUGUUUAUCGCCUGGUUUUGGCACUUUUCUCUGGAUCCACUGCCACUCCUUCAUUGCUCACUAUAUGGCCUAGAUAGUUGACUCGGUUUUGGAAUAACUGGUACUUCUUUGGGUUUAUCAUGAUCUGGGCAGCUUGAAGUUGCUUGAAUAAGUCUUCUAAAUUUUUAAGAUGUUCCUUAAAUGUUGUUCCCAAUACCAAGAUGUCAUUCAAAUAAAUCAGGUAUUUUUUAUCUCUCAAGACGUUUUCCAUAAAUCUUUCAAAUGUCGUAGGUGCAUUACAAAGUCCGAAUGGCAUAACGUUGAAUUGCCAUAGUCCAGAUCCGGUCGAAAAAGCAUUUUCCUCCUUAUCCUCUGGGGCCAUCUCUACUCGCCAAUAUCCAGACUUUAGGUUCAAACAGCUUGCUACUGUAUCGUCAAUUUGGGGUAGAGGAUAACCGUCUUUCUUCGUGACGUUGUUUAACUGACGAUAGUCCACACAGAACCUUGUAGCUCCAUCCUUUUUCUUGACGAACACUACUAGAGACACCCAUGGACUAGUAAAGGGUUCUAUUACUUUCUCCUCUUCCAUCUCUCGAAUUAUUCUUUCAGCUUCCUCUCUCUCUUUUCUCUUGAUAGUCUGCGAGUUGAUUGUCUAAUUGGCUUGGCAUCACCAGUAUCGAUUUUGUGUUUGACGCCUGAUGUUCUACCAGUCUUCCGUCCUUUCGGUAAAAAUAGGUCUCGGAUCCUUGGCUUCUUCUCAACCCUACCUUUGAUCAAAUAUACGAUUUGGUCAAGUUUACUCUUAUCACCCUCUUCAUGUAUGGUUCUGCCCAAACAUGCCAUCAAGUUCUCUGGUGCUAAUGGAUAAGCGAAAUAGACAAGUCAGGCAAUUUCUACCUCGUACUCUUAAAAAGUUUAUGUCAGCGGCAGUGUCUUGUUAUCAAUGAUAAAAUUUCGGCAGAAAUGUCGCUCUUCAUGGUCGAGAUGUCGUCUUUCAUGUUCGAAAUCUUCACAUUAGUAGAAACUGACGAGAUCCAGGUGGAAGACUCGUUCGGCUUUGAUUUCUGUCACUUUCAGGUCACUUAGUCUCUUUGUCAUGUUUAUGUCACUAUUUAUUCACAAUACUUCACACCUUACACCAAUAUAAUGUUGUUCUUAUUUAUUUACACUCUUUCUAUUCGUGGGGUAAAUUUAUGAACACUGUAUUUUACUCACUCAAUUUAUUUAAACAUUUUAUACUACACUUAACUAACGUAUAUCAUAAAUAACUGAUCAUUAAUACUUAACUAACUUAUAUAAUUUAUUUAAAUUCUCGGUUACUUUUCUAUUUCAUUCUGUCCACUAUGCCUAUUUAUUAUCAACUAACUCACUCCGCUAAACAAACUCGUUCAUAUAACCAAAAAGAAA